CCGGGCCCGAGCCGCCGCGCCGCCGCCGGAGCAGCCGUGUCGGGAGCGGGCCGGUCGCCGUCGCAGCCAUGGGGAGCCGCGUCUCGCGGGAGGACUUCGAGUGGGUCUACACCGACCAGCCCCACGCGGAUCGGCGCCAGGAGAUCUUGGCAAAGUAUCCAGAGAUAAAAUCCUUGAUGAAACCUGAUCCCAACUUGAUAUGGAUUAUAAUUAUGAUGGUUCUUACCCAGUUGGUUGCCUUUUAUUUAGUAAAAGACUUGGACUGGAAAUGGGUCAUAUUUUGGGCAUAUGCCUUUGGCAGCUGCAUUAACCACUCCAUGACUCUGGCUAUCCAUGAAGUUUCCCACAAUAGUGCCUUUGGCCACUGCAAAGCUAUGUGGAAUCGUUGGUUUGGAAUAUUUGCUAAUCUUCCUAUUGGUGUUCCAUAUUCAAUUUCCUUUAAGAGAUAUCACAUGGACCAUCAUCGAUACCUUGGUAGUGAUGGCAUUGAUGUGGAUAUUCCAACUGAUUUUGAAGGCUGGUUCUUCUGUACCACUUUCAGAAAGUUUAUGUGGGUUAUUCUUCAGCCUCUUUUUUACGCUUUUCGACCUCUGUUCAUCAACCCCAAGCCAAUUUCUAACCUGGAAAUUAUCAAUACUGUGAUCCAGAUCACUUUUGACAUUAUAGUUUAUUAUGUCUGGGGGAUUAAAUCCUUAGUAUACAUGUUGUCAGCAUCCUUACUUGGUCUAGGUUUGCACCCGAUUUCUGGACAUUUUAUAGCUGAACAUUACAUGUUCUUAAAGGGAUAUGAAACUUACUCAUAUUAUGGGCCUUUGAAUUUACUUACCUUCAAUGUGGGUUACCAUAACGAACACCAUGACUUCCCUAACAUUCCUGGAAAAAGUCUUCCACUGGUGAGGAAAAUAGCAGCUGAGUACUAUGACAACCUCCCCCACUACAAUUCCUGGAUAAGAGUACUGUAUGAUUUUGUGAUGGAUGACACAUUAAGUCCUUACUCGAGAAUGAAGAGGCCCCAAAAAGGGAAGAUGGUACUGGAGUAAAUGUCAUUAUAACCAAAGGAAUUUUUCAUUAUCAAACCAAGAACAGUGAUGUUUAGACGCCACUCUGACACAAUUUCUCAAAAAGUGUGGUCACUAUGGUAUCUUGUUAAGAAGCUAACCUGGCUUUUAACAGCUUGUCUGUGCUGUGUUGAGCUUUACUAGCAGGAAGCUUAUUGGUUGUAUUAUCAUUGUUAAGGAUGUUUUCACUCAUGUCUGACAUUUUGUAAGCAUUUUAUUAAAAAGCUUUUAAACAGUGAUUUAUUGUAUAUUAUUUUCACUAUAAAGUUUUGCUUUAUUAUAACAGCUAAUAAACUGAGCUAUUAAUCAUAAUCGUGUUUAUCACACUUGUGUUCUACUGUCUUUAUGAUAGUCUGGGUUCUUGAAAAAAUUUCACCCAAGAAAUGGUGGAGGUGGGGACUGAAACUAUUUUACUGCAAACUGAAUUAUGCAUUUUAAUUUUUACUGUUGUAUGUAGGGCUUAAAUUAGACAAUGCUGCGUCCUGCAUAGCCUUAUUCAUAAAGUGCUUCUAAUUUAAUCACAUCCAGCACUCAACUUCCUUUUUUAGAUGCAUUAAAUAUCGAAUUAGAAGUGCUCAGCCCAUAUGUUAUUUCAUUGCAGUGGAAACUGGUGUGGCCCGAUGAUAGUUGAUACCCAAGUAACUGGAACCAUGGUCUCUUGGACUGGUCAUCCUGGUUAUCUGAAGUGUGUCACUUCAGGUUAUAUGGUGAAUGUUUAAAAAAUGUAAGUGGUAUCAAAAACCAUCUACGAUUUGUACAUAACACCAAUCCUUAGGCAUCCUUAAGUGUUAAUAAAU